AAAAGCAGCAACAACGAGGUAUUUCAGUGACCAAGGCCCCGUUACCCACAAAUCAAAUCACGCCGUACAUCCCAACAAGAGUCAUUGAAUUAAUCAAGACUAAGAUAGUUACGAGGAUAGUGUAUCGAACACAGCCAACACCAACCGCUAUUAGUCGUGUGAGAAAGGAAUAUGUCAAGUUUACCAACCUUGACGUUGCUACUGGCAAYAUGUCAUGCGAUGACGAAGAAUGUACAACAUGGCGCAUGCUCACUCGAGGUCAAGCUAAACUCCUUUGCGACGCCUACGUUGACAAAUGUCAAGGCUUUACAAUGACGUCAUCUAGGCAUGUUUUCUUCAAAAGUCACAUCAAAGGAAUACUUAUACGAUCUCCGGGACACACUUUGUUUGUCAAGAAAGCGCAUGCGCAGGGACUUGAAAAACCGCUGGACAUGUGCGCUGUGGAUGACGACGACACAGUCAUUGAUAACGUCACAGAGGGCUGUAAACUGACAAAGUUUAAUCCAUUUGAUAAAAAUAUGAUGAAGUUUAUCAAGAAAAUGGAACCUUUACAUUGCAACGGGCAGCAUAUAACCAACUUUCGAAAUGGAGCUAUUGAAUUUUUGCCCGACGCAAAGGUUACCCACGCAGUGUAUUUUCCAAUUACUCGAAAUCCUGGAAAAGACUGGGGAUUCCAUAUUGGACAAAAUAUCUCUAUCGAURUAAAAAUAAAGAAGAUUCCAGUACCCCAUGAGUUUAUCCGCGUAGAGACCAAAACUAAAGACAACAAGACCCAUGUGGAAUACCAUGCCGCAGUAGUACCCAAGCCAGAUGUUAUUGCUCGUCCAAGAAUUAACACAGGGAUCCCGCUUAAUGUCAUAAUGAUAGGAUUUGACUCGCUUUCGAGGGCCAAUUUUGAACGUGUUUUUCCUGAAGCUUACAAAUACAUGAGAAAAGAGCUGAAAACAGUGUUUAUGGAUGGAUAUUCCAUAGUUGGAGAUGGCACAACACCAGCUUUAACGGCAUUUUUAACAGGCCAUUUUGAAAAGGAUCUCCCCGAAGCAAGACGCGACUUUGCUGGCACUAGUCCGGUAGACCGCUGGCCAUGGAUUUUCAAAGAGUAUAAAACCGCGGGCUACGCUACAAUGUUUAGUGAAGAUUGCCCAGACUUUGCUGCUUUUAAUUAUCGUCUCCACGGCUUUAACAAUACACCUACGGACCAUUUUAGUCGAUAUUUUUGGGAGAGCGCUAAAAUGACGCAGCCACAUUGUAUUCACUCCAAACCCCAACACCUUAUUCACCUAGAAUACAUAGAAACAUUUUUCGAGGCUUAUCCUAAGACCCCAAAACUUGGUGUGGCUUUUUUUACCGACGUUUCCCAUAAUAACCUUAACACUGUUCAACUCGCUGUAGACGAUUUCACAAGAUUUGUAAAGAAUCUGAAAGAAAGGAAUUUUUUGAAUGAUACGCUUCUAGUAGUAUUUGGGGACCAUGGCUUUCGUUAUGGAGCUUCAAGAGCCACUUUACAAGGGCAUUUAGAAGAAAGAUUACCAUUAUUAUCUUUGACGUUUCCUGAUUGGUUCAAAAACAAAUACCCAGAAAUAUUAAGCAGCAUUCAUCAUAACGCCGAACUAUUAACCUCGCCUUUUGAUCUCCACGCAACGUUACGUCACAUCUUAACGUUCCCGGAUCCACCUAAAUCGUUUAAUCACAGUCGAGGUACUAGCAUGUUUCAGAAGAUUCCAAAAUCACGCGACUGCGAAACAGCAGGGGUAGCUGAACACUACUGCCCUUGUUUAAAUAUAAAGGCUGCAGACACAAAACACAGGCAUAUAAAAUUAGGUUCGGAAGCUCUAGUGAAUCAUAUCAAUAAGAUGCUCACUUUGGAUGAAAGAAGUGCUACAUUAUGCCAUCAGUUGAAGCUGAAAAACAUUUCCUCAAGUCUUCAACAAAUGCCUAAUGCAAAAUUUCAGCAAUUUCUUGGAUCAGAGGAUAUUCAUGGAAGAAUACCAAGAUUUUCCAAAACGAGAAAAGAGUUGAAUGAAUGUAAUUAUAGAAUACAAAUACAAACAAGCCCGGGUGAUGGGCUCUUUGAGGCACCGGUGAGAUUUAAAGAAGGACAUUUUACUGUCACUGGGGAUAUUAGCAGAAUAAAUAAAUAUGGUGAACAGCCUCGAUGUAUCCUGGACAAGAGGCCGGACUUGAGAAAGUACUGUCUCUGUAAGGAUUAUAUGAACAGAACUAAAAGUCCCUGACGAGUUUCCAGGUAGAAACAAGUUUCUUGCUAGACUAGAAAUAGAACCAUAGUGCUUAGUCCUGGAACAGAAGUCUGGUUUAAAAAUAAGAGGUCUGAUUUAAGAAAGUAAUUUGUAAAGAUUAAAUGGGCACUUCCAAAAGUCCCUGAAAAAUGUCCAGAUAGAACCAUAGUGUUUCCUGGACAAAAGGUUUGGUUUAAGAAAGUUCCCUAUAAAGAUUUUAUGAACACUUGCAAAAGUCCUUGAGAAGUAUCCAGAACAAACCAUAGUGCUUCCUGGACUUGACGCCUAGCCUUAAUCAAGUGACAAAGUAACUAAUGGGAAUAUAGUUAUUUUAUAUUUUGUAACUUUAGUACUUAAAAUAAAUUAAACAAACAUUGCCAGUA